CGAGGAGUAAACUUGGGGCUGAGCUGUAUUUUGACAUCUUUGAACUCCUCUUGGAUUUCAUUGCUCAUCUGUUUGCUUGAAGGAGCAGCCAGAAAAUUCUAAGGACAUUGCCAUGGUGCUAAUGAUACUGCCGUUGGUCGGGGCCGUGUCUGUGUCGGAGAGCCUGGUGGCUGUGACCACACUGUGUCUGGUCUACCUGUUGCUCAAGUUCUUCCGUGGCGACAUUCCCGAGAGGCUCCGGCGGCUCCCGGGGCCCAAGCCGCUGCCCAUCAUCGGCAAUGUGCUACAAGUGGGCACCAGGCCUUACCUGAGCCUUACCGCCAUGAGCAAGCGCUACGGCCCCGUGUUCAAGAUCCAGAUCGGCAUGCGUACCGUAGUGGUGCUGAGUGGCAGCGAAACGGUGCGACAGGCACUCAUCAAACAAGGCGAAGACUUCUCGGGCAGGCCCGACCUGUACACCUUCCGCUUUAUCAAUGACGGCCAAAGUCUGGCCUUCAGCACGGACCAGGCAGGAGUGUGGCGGGCCCGCCGCAAGCUGGCCUACAGCGCCCUGCGCUCCUUUGCCACCCUGGAUGGCACUUCGUCACAGUACUCAUGCAUGCUGGAGGAGCACAUCUGCAAGGAGGGCGAGUAUCUCGUAAAGCGUCUCAAUAACGUCAUGAAGGCCGACGGAAGCUUUGACCCCUUUCGUCACAUCGUCGUCUCCGUGGCCAACGUCAUCUGCGGGAUGUGCUUCGGCCGCCGCUACGACCAUGAUGACCAGGAUCUCCUGGGCCUGGUGAACUUAAGCAACGAGUUCAGCCAGGUGGUAGGCAGUGGCAACCCCGCCGACUUUAUUCCGGCUCUUCAGUUCCUGCCUAGCACCACCAUGAGGACGUUUGUGAGCCUCAACGCCCGCUUCAACGACUUUGUGCGGAAGAUUGUGACCGACCACUAUACCACCUUCAACAAGGACAACAUUCGGGACAUCACUGACUCCCUCAUCGACCACUGCGAGGACAGGAAGCUGGACGAGAACUCCAACGUCCAGGUGUCGGAUGGCAAGAUCGUAGGGAUCGUCAAUGACCUCUUCGGAGCUGGCUUCGACACCAUCUCGACCGCCUUGUCCUGGUCAGUCAUGUACUUGGUGGCUUAUCCGGAGAUUCAGGAGAGGCUUUAUCAGGAGCUGAAGAACAAAGUGGGACUUCACCGCACUCCUCUUUUAUCCGACAAAGCCAUCCUGCCCUUCCUGGAGUCCUUCAUCCUGGAAGUCCUUCGUCACUCGUCGUUCCUGCCCUUCACCAUCCCCCAUUGCACCACAAAGGACACAUCUCUGAACGGCUUCUUUAUUCCUAAAGACACCUGCGUCUUCAUCAAUCAGUGGCAAAUCAAUCACGACCCUGAGAUCUGGAAGGAUCCAUCAUCCUUCAACCCAGAGCGCUUCCUGAGCCCCGACGGCACUGAGCUCAACAAGCAGGAGGGUGAAAAGGUGAUGAUUUUCGGCCUGGGCAAGCGUCGCUGCAUUGGAGAGGUCAUUGCGCGGCACGAGGUUUUCCUUUUCCUGGCCAUCAUUGUGCAAAGGCUGUGUUUCCAUGGCACGCCCGGCGAGCCCGUGGACAUGACGCCCGAGUACGGCCUCACUAUGAAGCACAAGCGCUGCCAGCUGAGAGCUACCAUGCGGCCACUUGACGUGCAGUGAAGACUGAGCGGGAAGUGCCCAUGAACAAUAUGGAGUGCUGGGAUUAACGCAACCACAAUAACUAUCACAGUGAUGUACAAUGUGCAUUACACUGCAUUUGAAUUCAUAUCACUGAAUUUCAAUUCAUCGACAUGUCAAACUUAAUCAUCUGCAACUAUUCUAGUUGCCACAUAUUACAGUAAUAGGAACUGAUCCCUGUCGCAAAUUGCGAAGACAAAUGCAUGAAUUGAUGGCCCCACCCCAAAUUUGUUUGUUUUGGGGAAUUUGCUGUAUUAAUAGUUUAACUCAUACAUAUUUUAUUAUACUUAUUGGUGGAAGGGAAAUUCGCCCCCCACCCCUAUAUAUACUCUGUGUUGUACACCACACAUAGAACCAGCUCACACACGCAGUCAUUUAAGGCAUUUCAGAACGAGUACAAAAAUGCGAAUAGGUUAGUUUUUUAGCGAACAACUGGGGAUAGGUUCCACAGCAAAAAAAACACAAAUAAGUGAAUUUGUGAAUUGUGAACAGCAAAUAUGCAGGGUUUUACUGUACUCCCUUCGCUGUGAUUUGGUUUGUGUUUAAGUCCUGCCUCACCGUUUGAUCCAGCUGUACUGCCAUUGGCCAGCUUUUGAUUGACUCUUGGACCAAAUGGACGUCCACUAUUAUAGCAGCAACACUGAUUAGUCGCGACGCCACUCUACUUUAGAAUUCCGGAACAGUGAUACUGUAAUAUAACAAAUGACAGUAUAAAAGUAAUAUAUAUGACAUUUUUGUGGAACACUAAGGACAUACGGCUCACAAACAGGGCCAUAUUGUCAGAAUGUAAUGUACAGGACGUCAAAUUGAAGCCGCUCAGCUAACGAUGUUGUGAAGAAAUGUUUUUGCCAAUGACCUUGUUAGCGUUUUUGGUCCCGCUGCUAUCUUUUGACUCUGAAUGAAAUGCAAAUGACCUUAUACUGUUCAUAUUUUAAUAACCCAAUAUAAUGUGGAUGUUAGGACACUGAAGCUAUAUUUGUAUCCUAAAAUGUGAUUUUUGUGCUUCUAUCAAGUAUUUUGUAAAAUUUUGCCUAAAUUUUUUAUAUAUUUCAGGGGAAAUUACUUUGCUGUGUGUAUGUGCAUAUUCAUGCGGGCAUUUGUGUGUGUAUUUGAUUUGCUAGAACACCAAAAAGUGAUUUUUGUUUCGUUUAGUAAUACAACAGUAAGCUAGACAAUUUUACAUUUCUACAAUUGUGAUGAUUAUGUGUGUAUAAGUGGACACAUGAUGGUUGACACGCAAUAAAAAUAUGUUGAAAGCA